AACACCUUAAACUACUAUUUUUGUUCUUGUUAUCAGCAGCAACAAUUGAAAAACAAAUCCAUCAACAACAUAUUCAGUCGCCGCCAUUUUUUGUUUCUUUAAAACUUCAAAGUGCUGCUUAAACGUCAUUGUCGUAUUCGACGUCUUCGCAAAAUAGGAUACGGAAAUAUCUACAAAGAAACCACACAAGAAAAAACUUUUUUAAGUAAGAUCUAAAAAAUAACUAGUGAAACAACAAAGAAAUUACAAUACAAGCCAAACAAAGUUUCGUAACAACCAAAAACUAUAACUAUAACAACAAAAACUUAAAUACAAUUCAACGUUUAUGAAUGAUGGCCGAUCACAUGGAAGAACCUCCGCAAAAGCGGAUGAAAGUGGAUGAUCUUUAUUUGUUGGAGGAAAAUUUACCGGAUGAAUUGGUCUACAACCUGGGUGAUCAACUAGGUGGACCUGGGGCAGGACCUGGUUCUGGUGGUGGUGCUCCAAAUCAUGGCAUGGCUGUUAAUGUCGUGGGCGGGCCAAAUAAACCCCCUGCCCAAGGUCCAGGUCCCGGUGCUGGCGGCCCACAAUUAAAUGGUUCGGUGGACGAUGUCAAUUCAGCAGGCGGUGGUCCUGGUGGCAAUCCCCUAAGGCAAAUGCAUCACAAUCAACAUUUGCAACAUUUGCUUCAGGGGAAUAAAAAUCCUGGUAUGGUUGGCAAUCCCAUGGGCGCCGCUGUAAUGAAUCAGUUGGGCAGUAAAUCUCCAAAUUUGCAAUCCCCUAACACCGGUGGCAUGCAAGUGAAUGUAAAUCAGAUGUGCGCAAUAGUGAAUUCGAUGCCGAUGUCAAUAUCCAACAAUGGCACCCAAAUGAAUUCUAUGUCGGGUAUGAACACCAUCGCUCAAGGAAAUAUGGGUAAUAUGGUUCUUACAAAUAGUGGAAUGGGUGGUAUGGGCGUAGGAGGUGCUGGGAUGAUUAAGCAACAGAUGGGCGCCGGUCCUGGCGGCAUGAUGAAUGCUGGUCCUGGCGGUGUGGGACCUGUGGGUCCCGGUAACAUGGGUCCGUCGGUUGGUGGUCCCAAUCAGGGCAUGCAUAUGGGUGGUCCAGGAGGACAUCCACAAGUAAUGCAAAAUGGACCAAUGAUGCGUAUGGUCGGUCAACAACAUAUGAUACGUGGACCAAACCCACAUUUAAUGGGUGGUAAUGGACCCGGAAUGGGUGGUCCUCGCAUGCAAAAUCCAAAUAUGCAAAUGGGUCAAAUGAACAAUAUGGUUGGUGGAGGAGUUGGCGGACCGAACGGACCCUAUGGCGGUGGGGUCGGUGUCGGCAACGUUGGCAACUAUGGAGGCCCUGGCGGUCCUCAAGGCGGUAUUAAUGUGAAUGCCAAUAAUCCUCAACAACAGAUGUUAGCUCAACAAAUUGCGGCACAACAUGGUGGUGUUCCACCAAAUAUGACAGCGGCUAUGCAACAGAGUCAGCGGGGUCCUGGCGGUGUGCCCCUCGGCAUGGGUGGUGCGGGCGUUGGGGGUGAUGGUAGUGGAGCUGGUCUGGUCGGUGGUCCACAACAACAGAUGAACAAUGCUCAAAUGAAUCCCAACCAACAGCAAAACCCACAAGGCGGCUUAAUGGGAGCUGGCGGUAUGGGUGGCAUCAGACCACCACAGGCGGGCGCUGGGCCUGGAGGUCCUCAACAAAACUCCAUGAUGCUUCCCCAACAACAACAACAGCAACAGCAGCAGCAACAACAGCAACAACCGGGCACUUCUCAGCAAGGCGGCGGCAAUGCUGGUGGCGGUGGAUCAGGAGCUGGAGCCGGUGGUGCGGGCGGCAGCGCUAGCGGCCAACAUAUCACUGACGAGCGUAAGAAGCAGAUACAACAACAACUUAUGCUGUUGCUGCAUGCGCAUAAGUGCAACAGGCGUGAAAGUCUAAAUCCGAACCGAGAAAAGUGUAGUGUUCAGUACUGUAAACCCAUGCAGGAUGUUCUUACCCACAUGGCAAAUUGUAAACAAAGCAGAGAUUGUACAGUUCAACACUGUAUAUCUUCAAGGCAGAUUUUGUUGCAUUAUAAAACGUGUCAACGUUCCGAUUGUAUCAUUUGUUACCCAUUCCGUCAAAAUCAUGCUUUCCAAAACAAUAACCCAAAUGCUGCAGGUGGUGCAGCUGGCGGUGGCGGUAAUAAUGCCAACCAACAACAACAAGUUCAGCCUAAUGCGAAUGAUAAACAAGUUCCUGGUGGCGUUGGUGGGCCACAACAAGUAGGAGGGCCACAGCAAUCGGGAAGCGGAGUGCAACCGGGCGGGGGAGCACCAAAUGUUACAACGGGUGCGGGUGGCAUGCCCGUUGGUGGAGUCGGCCCCAACCAGGGACAAAUGAAUAUGAAACCCAAUGCAACAGACAUGCAACAGCAAAUGCAAAAUGCAUCUCAAAACCCUAAUCAAGAAAUACGACGAUUUGACAGCAUGGGGAUGCAGGGAGCUGUGGGCAAUGCUGGAGGGCCAAACAAUAUGCUGCAAGGCAAUGCAGUGGUGAAUGCCCAGCAGCAACAACAAAUGCAAGGCAUACGCAUGGCAGGUGUGCCUCCACCAGUACGUGUCAUGUCCAAUGCUGUUGGUGGACCAGGUGUAGGCGUAGCAGUGGGGCCCUCUUCGGGCGGAGCUGGUGGCAACAAUGAUCAAGUGGGAAUGCGGCAGGUUGUCAAUAAUUUGCAUAUCAGCGGCGGAGGCAACGGAACUGGUCCCGAUGGUGGCGGCGGUGCCGGUAUGCAAAAUCAGCAACAGAUGCUUCUCCAGGGAGCUGGAGGACCCAAUAAAUUUCAAAUGGCCGCAGUACCCACCCCGCGCCUGUCUGACUUAUUAAAACCCGGUGUAAAAGUUCCGACAGACCCCAGCCAAGUUCAACCAAACGCGCUGAGUCAGCAGCAACAACAGCAGCAGCAAGCGAACAUUCCCCUGUCGGUCAAUGUACAUAAUAAUUUCAAUAAUUCCAACAUAAAUACACUGCUAGGUACGGGAAAUUCCGGCGACAUGGUUGGCAGCGGUCCCAUUGGUGGCGGUGGGCCACCAAACAAACAAUUGACUCCUCAAGAAUUGGCCAAGAUGAAAAUGCAGGCACAAGCGGGCGGAGGCUUAGUUGGUGGUCCGAAUAAUACUCCUCCUAAUAGUGCAGUAACAGGUAACCCAAAUGCUCCAGGUGGCGCCAUGGGAGGAAGUGGGGUUCCAAAUGUUCCCGGCGGUAAUACGAGCGCCAGUGGCAGUGGCGUACCAUCUACUUCUCAAAAUCCCGGUGGGGCCGGUGGAAGUGGCGGUCCAAGUGGCGCCAGCGGUACUGGUGGCGAUGAGAACAAAGAUUGGAGAGAAUUGGUUACAGACGACCUCCGAAAGCAUUUGGUUCACAAAUUGGUCCAAGCGAUAUUCCCUACAUCGGAUCCAGCCACAAUGUUGGACAAGCGCAUGCAUAAUCUCGUAUCCUAUGCGGAAAAAGUGGAAAGGGAUAUGUAUGAAAUGGCAACAUCUCGAUCGCAAUACUACCACCUGCUAGCUGAAAAAAUAUAUAAAAUCCAAAAGGAGUUGGAGGAGAAGCGGCUGAAAAGGAAGGAGCAGCAAUUAUUGCAAAUGCAGCAGCAACAACAAGGCGGUAAUGCUGGUGCAGUAGGUGCUGGUCCCAGCAAUGUUGCCGGUGGCGCCGCAGGUCCCAAUACGACCGGAGGACUUCCCCCUGUAGGUGGUCAACAAUUGCCACCUGGUCAUCCUGGUCAACAAAUGCAACAGCAAAUACGACCCAUGGUUAGUCCCAUGGGCGGAGGUGUUGGUCCUGGCGGACCAAAUCAAGGUGGCAUGCCCAUGGGUGGUGCGGCUAGCAUGAUGCAACUAAGAGGUCAAACUCCAGGCAAUGUAGGUGGUAUCAUGCCCGGCCAAAAUAUCGGUGGAAUGCGUAGUCAUUCGCCCGGUGGUAGUAUGCUGGCCAUGCAGCAACAGCAACAACAACAGCGUAUGCAAUUCCCGCAACAAGGUAACAUGUUAGUCGGCCCACCGGGACCCAGUCCAGGGGGCAAUAGCAUGGGUGGCAGCGGUAUUCCAACAUCACAACAACAAAAUAUGGUCGUUCCCAAUCCUGUGCUGUCGCCGUUCACCGGACAGGCUAUGCAGCCUGGACCAGGUUCUGCGGGUGGAGGCGGUGUAGCUGGUGUGCUGACAAGUCCUAUUCCCGGACAGCAACAACAGUUCAUAAAUGCUAAUGGUGGUACGGGAGCUCAUGCCUCUCAGCAAUUGAGUGAAAUGAUGAAGCAGCAGCGCAUGAUGCAACAACAACAGCAGCAGCAAAGUGGAAUGAUGCUGCCCCAGUCGCCUUUUAAUAAUGCCAACACGCAAAUGCAGCAACAGCAGCAAAAUACUUUUACAUCUCCAAUGUCCCAGCAGCAACAACAACAACAAAAGCAGCAACAAAGCAUGAUGGUGGGUAGUGCUGGAGGAAGCAUGGGAAAUAUGCCACCAACGCCAACCAGUAUGGAUUCGCUUACAGCGGCCACAGGCACAAGUGCGGCGGGACCAACCAGCGUAACUAGUACAGCUUCCGCAACAGUAGGUGCCGCUGGCGGCAUGGUGGCGGCACCAAGUCCUUCGCCUAGUUUUACUACGAAUGGUCCCCUAGGAACUCCCCUCAAUAGCAACAAUCCACCCUCGGUACCAUCUCUAAUGCAGUCCAUAGGUGAUCGUGGAAACACGCCGCCACCAACAGCAAUGAAUCCUACAUCUCCUGCCUCAGCGAAUGCAACGCCUGCAGCUGUAGCCAGUGCAAGCACCACAGCCGCGGUCCUUCAAUCGGCCACACCAACACCAUCGACUACACCUUCGUCUGCAUCCGUAGCGGUGGCAUCAUCGACUGCUAUAACAUCGGGCUCAACAAUAACCACGACCAAUGCAGCGACAACGCCAUCAACAGUUACUACCUCCGUCACAGCAACAUCGUCGGCUAACUCAGCUGCUGUGGCAGCGGCAGUAGCGCUACCUUCCAUACCAAUAACUUCAACGCCAUCAACUUCAGCAAUAGCAGCCGCGACUACAACUGAUACCAGUGUUUCCAGCAAUGGAGUUGUACAAAACCAACAACAGAUAACAUCAAUGGGUAAAGGCAGUUCUGGGACAACAACUACUACCUCAGCCAUCAGUUCAUCCCUACCCUCGACCCGGCCAUCAGCAGCAGUUAGCAGCAGCAAUAGUCUGUCCUCACAAAUGGCAGCUCUGGAAGCAGCAGCCCGUGAUACCGAUGACGAUGCUCCACCGCCACCUUCUCCCAAUGGCGAUUCCCAAAAUGCUGGUAAAUCUUGCAAAGGCAAAUUGGAUUCCAUAAAACAAGAGGAUGAUAUCAAAAAAGAAUUCAUGGAUGACGGCAGUGCUGGCGACAAUUCCCAACAGGAGUCAUCGGCUGGCGUUGGCAAAAACGUAAACAAUGAUGGCACGGCCAAAUUGGAUAUAAAAACCGAAGACGGUGAUGUUAAAAUCAAAACCGAGCCAAUGGAGGUUGACGAAACGGGUGGAACCACUGGUGGGGAAGCAUCAAAAGCUUCUGGCACUUCUGGCGGUGACAGCAAAGAUGAUAUAAAGGCCAUGGUAGAUGGUAGUUCAUCAAAUGCCACAACAACUGCAGCCGGUGGUGAAGUUAAAGUAAAAACCGAAACUAAACCUGUGGUACCAGAGCCCCUGAUGUCCAAUGCUGGCGACAAGAAAAAGAAAUGCGUUUUCGAUCCAGAGGAAUUAAAACAAGCCUUAUUGCCGACAUUAGAGAAACUCAUACGUCAUGAGCCCGAAUCAGUGCCAUUCCGUUACCCGGUUGAUCCGCAAGUCCUAGGCAUACCCGAUUAUUUCGAAAUAAUUAAGAAGCCCAUGGAUUUGGGUAGCAUACGCAAUAAUCUAAUGAAUGGCAAAUACAAUGAUCCUUGGGAGUAUGUAGAUGAUGUUUGGCUAAUGUUUGACAAUGCUUGGUUGUAUAAUCGCAAAUCAUCCAAGGUCUACAAAUACUGUACAAAGCUUUCUGAAGUUUUUGAACAAGAAAUUGAUCCUGUGAUGCAGGCCUUGGGCUAUUGCUGCGGCCGCAAAUACACCUUUAAUCCUCAAGUUCUGUGUUGCUUUGGGAAACAAUUGUGUACCAUACCAAGAGAUGCCAAAUACUAUAGUUAUCAAAACAGUCUAAAGGAUUAUGGUGUUGCCUCAAACAGAUAUACCUUCUGCCAGAAAUGUUUCAACGACAUCCAAGGGGAUACCGUAACACUGGGCGAUGACCCGCUGCAAUCACAAACUCAAAUCAAGAAAGAUCAAUUUAAAGAAAUGAAAAAUGAUCACCUCGAACUCGAGCCAUUUGUCGAUUGUCAAGAAUGUGGUCGUAAACAACAUCAAAUCUGUGUCUUAUGGUUGGAUUCCAUAUGGCCAGGAGGUUUCGUCUGUGACAAUUGCCUGCAAAAGAAGAAUUCCAAACGAAAAGAGAACAAGUUCAAUGCUAAGCGUUUACCCACCACUAAAUUGGGUAUCUACAUUGAGACACGCGUCAAUAAUUUCCUGAAGAAAAAGGAAGCGGGUGCUGGGGAAGUUCACAUACGUGUCGUCUCGUCUUCGGAUAAAUGUGUUGAAGUCAAGCCGGGCAUGCGAAGACGUUUUGUGGAAAAUGGCGAAAUGAAUUCGGAAUUCCCAUAUAGAGCGAAGGCAUUGUUCGCCUUCGAAGAGGUGGACGGCAUAGAUGUUUGUUUCUUUGGCAUGCAUGUGCAAGAGUAUGGCUCCGAGUGUCCAGCGCCCAAUACGAGGCGCGUCUAUAUUGCCUAUUUGGAUUCAGUGCACUUCUUUAGACCUCGACAAUAUAGGACAGCAGUUUAUCAUGAAAUUUUAUUGGGCUAUAUGGAUUAUGUGAAACAAUUGGGUUACACCAUGGCUCAUAUUUGGGCCUGUCCUCCAUCCGAAGGAGAUGACUACAUUUUCCACUGCCAUCCUACAGAUCAAAGAAUACCAAAACCAAAGCGUUUGCAAGAAUGGUACAAGAAAAUGCUGGACAAGGGCAUGAUUGAACGUACCAUACAAGACUACAAAGAUAUUCUAAAGCAAGCUAUAGAGGAUAAGCUGACAUCGGCCGCAGAAUUGCCUUAUUUCGAAGGUGAUUUCUGGCCUAAUGUUUUGGAGGAAAGUAUAAAAGAAUUGGAUCAGGAAGAGGAGGAGAAAAGAAAACAAGCCGAAGCUGCGGAAGCAGCAGCUGCUGCUAUUUUCUCCAUAGAAGAUAAUGAAGUUAGUGGGGAUGGUAAAAAGAAGGGACAGAAGAAGGCCAAAAAGUCCAACAAAUCAAAGGCUGCUCAACGUAAAAACAAUAAAAAAUCCAAUGAACAACAGGCUGGCAAUGAUCUCUCGGCGAAAAUUUAUGCCACCAUGGAAAAGCACAAAGAAGUGUUCUUUGUUAUACGUUUACACUCUGCCCAAUCUGCAGCUAGUUUGGCGCCCAUACAAGAUCCCGAUCCUUUGUUGCAAUGCGAUCUUAUGGACGGUCGUGAUGCAUUCCUUACAUUGGCUCGUGAUAAACACUACGAGUUCUCAUCAUUGCGUAGAGCCCAAUUCUCAACGCUUUGCAUGUUGUACGAGUUGCAUAACCAAGGACAAGAUAAAUUUGUCUACACCUGCAAUAACUGCAAGACUGCCGUUGAAACACGCUACCAUUGUACAGUGUGUGAUGACUUUGAUUUGUGCACUUUGUGCAACGAAAAGAUUGGCCAUCCCCAUAAAAUGGAGAAACUUGGUUUCGAUUUGGAUGAUGGUUCUUCUCCGGCCGAUUUGAAACAAGCCAAUCCUCAAGAGGCCCGCAAACAGUCUAUACAACGCUGCAUCCAGUCAUUGGUGCAUGCUUGUCAAUGUCGCGAUGCCAAUUGCCGUCUACCUUCGUGUCAGAAGAUGAAAAGGGUGGUACAGCACACCAAAAAUUGCAAGAGAAAAACGAAUGGUGGUUGUCCAAUUUGCAAGCAGCUUAUUGCCUUGUGCUGCUACCACGCCAAACAUUGCCAAGAGCAAAAGUGUCCAGUGCCUUUCUGUCCAAAUAUUAAACACAAACUCAAGCAACAACAGUUACAACAAAAGUUGCAACAACAACAGUUGUUACGCAGGCGUGUUGCUCUUAUGUCUCGCACUGUUACUGCACCCGCAGCACUACCCGGCCCAGCAGUUCCCAAUCCUGCAGUGGUUGUGCCUGGAGGAGUGCCAGUCCCAAGCGUGGCAAUGGGUGGUGUUGCUGUAAGCCCGGCUGUAAUGGGUGGGCAGCCCGCCAUAAUGCCUGCAGGCGCUGGAGCCAUGAGUCCAUCUACAGUUCCGGUUCCAUCACCUGUUUCAACGCCUAUAGCCGGCGGUGGCAUGACAUCACCACACCCUCAUCAGCCUGGUAUUGGUAUGAAACCAGGUGGUGGGCAUUCACCUUCGCCCAAUGUUUUGCAGGUUGUUAAACAGGUGCAAGAAGAAGCGGCGAGACAGCAAGUACCACAUGGUGGUGGCUUUGGCAAAGGCGGUGCAAUGGCUCCACCCGUAAUGCAACGACACCAUAUGGGUGGUUUGCCUAAUCAACCUAAUCCCGGCAUGGUGGGCAAUGUUGGCAAUGUUCCCGUUGCUACAGUGGUUCCCAUGGGCCCCGGAGGCAGCAGUGUUAUGGGUGCCAACCUUCUGCCCAUGGAUCAAUGGGGAAAUCGUUAUCCCAAUAAUAAUGCCAAUCAGGGCAUGCGUCAACCUAACCAAAAUCAGGUCAUGCAACAAAAUGCUAUGCAGCAACAAAGUAUGAUGGGUGGUAUGGUAGGUGCUGCUGGUGGUUCGCAACAAAUGCCCGGCAGUUCUGGGAAUAUGCCAGGAAACGCACAAGGCGUAGGCGUUGGUGGCGGUAUGGGUGGCAGUGGCGGAGGCGGUAUGGUUGGCAUGGGCGGAGCUGGUCCCAUGGGUGGCCCCGGUGGAAUACGUCCCCAGGGCCAACAUCCUAAUGCCGGAGUUGUGGGUUCUGGCCAAAUGCCGAACGGUCCCCUGAACAAUCAGUUAAAUACGCAACAGCUUGCUCAAAUUAUGCAGAAGAUUAAAAAUAAUCCCUCCAGUGAAGGUCAUCAACAAAUACUGCAAGUUCUAAAACAAAAUCCACAAAUAAUGGCAGCCAUUAUUAAACAAAGGCAACAAAGCCAAAAUAACGCAAAUGCCGGUGGUGGUGGCCAACAGGGAGCCGGUGGUGCUGCUGGCAAUGGACCUCAACAACAACAGGCCCAACAGCAGCAGCAGUUGCAGCAACAGCAAGUAAUGCAGCAACAACAAAUGCAGCACAUGAUGAACCAACAACAGCAACAAAUGCCACAAUCACAACAACAGCAACAGAUGAUGCAACAAGCCCAACAACAAAAUCCUGGCCAACAUCAACGAAUGCCAGGCAUACAAAGUCAUUUGUUGAUGCAGCAACAGCAGCAGCAGCAAGGACAAGCAUCCAACGCACAAUGGUUUAAAAUGCGCCAACAAAUAAAUUAUCCCCCGCCAUAUCGUCAACGACCACCUCAGCCAAUGGGAGGUGUUGGUGGUGGUGGUGGUGGCCAGCAAUUUGGUGGUGUGGGCUCAUUUGGUGGCCCUGGUGGUGGAGGUGUGGUUGGACCUACCGGAGGUCCCGUCGACCAAUAUACCGCCAUGCAGCAAGGCAUGAAACCAAAUCCUCAACAACAAAUGGGGGGAAUGCCUGGAGUACAACAGCAGCAAAUGAUGCAAGGAGCCGGUGGUAUGGUGGGAGGACCAAAUGUAAUGGGCCCACCAACACCGCAUACGCUACAGCAGCAGCUCAUGCAACAAUCAGCGAGAGCCUCUCCGCCUAUUAGAUCGCCCCAACCUACACCAUCACCACGAUCCGCCCCAUCACCUAGAGCAGGACCUUCGGCCUCACCACGAGCCCAGCCCUCUCCACAUCAUGUAAUGUCACAUUCACCCGCGCCACAAACAACCCAUGAUGGCUUACACAAUCAUGGAGGUAUGCAUCCGCAUCAAUCACCAUUGCCAGGUGUGCCACAAGAUGUGGUGGGUGGUGUUGGAGGUGUGGUGGGUGGUGUAGGCGUUGGUGGUCCCGGUGGCCCUGUGUCCGAUGCAUCAGAUCAAUUGACCAAAUUUGUGGAACAACUUUAGUGUAAUUAGCUAAUGGCAGCGGCUCAAUCCUAUCCAUCCCCUUCACAUCCACACCAACAUCCACCAGGACUUUGCGCCUCUCCUUCAUCCACACACGGAAGCCGCUUUAAUAUGAAUCAACCUCCACCUCCUCCUCCACCCACUCCCAAUACACAGCCACAUCAACAACAACAACACCGUUAUUUUUAAGCUAGACAUAUAAAAACGACAUGCAGACAUGUGCUAUUUAUCAUUUCAUACAAGAGUGUCUUUUUUUUAGAGAACAAGAGAUAAAUACAGGAUUUGUCCACCUUUUUGGACCAUAUACAGACCAAUAUCGCGUCAACAAGUCAGUAGUUAAAAAUUUGCAGAUAGUUAUCUGCAAAUGUCGUCAAUCAAAUCAUUCAAUCACACUCUUUUUACUCAUGUUAUUUAGUUUAUUUUAAUUUUCUACCCAUAGUUUUUCUCUACAACAACAGCAACAUAAAUAUGAACAUUAAAAAUGUUUUUUUAUGGUUAAAAUUAUUAUAUAUUUUUUAAUACUUUUAUAGAGUUUGAAAAAGUUCUUUGUUUAAUUUUGUACAUCCGAAUCAUUAUAAGGAAAUAUUUCUUUUUGUGGUAAUUUUACAUUUGACACAAUUCCUAGUAAUUCUCCUUCUUAAUUGUUAAGAUUUUAUCUGCUGCACACUCUAACAAAAUAAAACAAAAAAGUUGAAAAAGUAAGAAAAUCACCUCAUGUGUAACAUACAUAUUAUAGAAUUUAUUAUUAAAAAUCCCCAAACACACACACAAACAUACGCAGACUAAUGUUUUUGUUUUAGUUCUAUGUUCAAAUAAGAAGCGAAAACUUUUCCUCACGGUCCCCUCUCCAUAUUACGAAAGUAAAUGAAUACUAUCAUCAAUAAUAAUAAAAAUAAUAGUAAUGAUACUAAAUUAGAAGUAUAGCUUAUAAACAACAUUAUCAUAUAACAUAAACGCCUUAGCUAUAGUAAAACGAACACACACACAAAUAUUAAUAUUUAAAAUUAAAUUUAAAAAAAGAAACAGUUAAAAAUCAUAAACACUUAAGUCGUAGCAUUCUAAGGAAUUUUAUACUUUUCUCUAAAAACAAAAAAAAAAAAAAAAUAAUU